AUGGACACUUGUAAGCCAUCAUCAACGCCAAUGGUCACCGGCUUGCAGUUGCAAAAGUCAUCGAAAGAAGAGAAACUUGACAAACCCUACCGCGAGUUGAUAGGCUGUCUCACCUAUCUAAUGGUAACCACGCGCCCCGACAUCAGUGCUGCUGUAUCACAUUUUAGCCAAUUUCAGUGCAAUCCUUCCCAGGAACACUUGUCUCAUGCCAAGAGAAUAUUGCAUUUCUUGAAAGGAACGACGCAACGCGGCUUGGUUUACAAGAGAGUGGAAACAGCAAAGCAGAUAAUUGGCUUCGCAGACGCAAAUUGGGCAACCGACUCUAGUGAUCGCCACUCCGUUUCGGGGUAUGUAUUCCAGAUAUACGGAGCCACCACAUCCUGGAGUACUCGCAAGCAAAGAACCAUCGCUUUGUCGUCUACAGAAUCCGAGUGUAGUGCCUUGGUCGACUGCAUUUGUGAAUCGAUGUGGAUUUGCAAGUUAUUUAAGGAGUUAAAUAUACUGGACAAAGAUGCCGUCAUUAUUUUCGAGGAUAACCAAUCCGCUAUUGCAAUAGCAGAAUCAGAGGCACCGUCUAAGAAGCUGAAACACACAGACGUCAAGCUACAGUUUAUCAAAGAGUGUGUUAUGGAGCGUAAAGUGACAAUACAGUAUCUGUCGAGCAACCAGCAACCCGCUGAUAUGUUGACGAAGGGUCUGGUUCCUGCAAUUUUCAACAAGCAUUGUUCUACCUUGGGAAUUCAAAAGUGA